AUGCCCUUUCUCGACCCUUCUGACUCAAUAGCAUCAUAUGGACUUGACUCCGCAACGGGCAAAGAUGUUGCGCAGCUCGCCAAGGGGCCACGGUACCAACAGCAUGCUCAGUCUGGGCAAAUUAACAAGACCUCCUGGCGAAGAGGGCUGGGAGGCCUUCCCGGAGUUGUGAAUGAUGACGCGGCCGCGUUUAAACCAGCACCAAGUGCUACUGACGACAUGGAUACCGCUCCGUCUCAAAGUUCCUACAACGUCGCAUCUACACGGGCCCCUGUAGGAUGGAUCUGA